GACAAAAAAGACAAAAAAGACAAAAAAGAUCAAAAGAUCAAAAGAUCAAAAUGAUAGGUAAAUUCUAUCGACUGGUUGGAAAAUUGAUUUUCGGCGAUUUCAGUCAAGAAAAAAUCUUAAACCAAUUUUUAUUUCUUCAUCCGACGUUUCCGUCUUUUAUUAUGCCGUUUUCAAGGCUCUAUUUAUAUGACAUAAUUAAUAAUGUGUUUAAAAAGGUGUUAUUAUAUAUGGUGUACUUACUGAAAUUUCUCGUUUUAAUUGUCCAAAAAGUUUUUUGUAUCUGCUAAACUGUCUAAUCGGGAAAUGUAAGUAAAAAAACGACAAAAAACCAAAAGAACAAAAAAGAACACCGGGCUUUUUCUGUUCUUUUUUUCUUUGAAAAAUCGGGCAAUCUGGAAUGCAUAGUAUAAAUGCAUAAAAGCUAAGCUUUCGAGAAAACACGCUGUUUAGCUGUUGUGUUUGGCUAAUUUCGAUAUAUUUUUCAAAAAAUUGUAUUAUAUGUAAAUAGAAUUUAAAUAAAAAUUGAAAAAAAAUACCAAAUGUAGUUUGAAACAUUGCAAAUCGUUUAGCAGUAAUACCUAAAGACUUUUUUGAGUGAUGUCAGAAAUAGUAAUAACUUUUACUGUGAAAAAAUGUUGUCAAAAAUUGACAUAAAAUAUUGCUAAAAUUGUGUAUUUUUAUUAAUUAAUGAAAACAAAGAAGAUAAAAAAAAACGUUUGAUUUUGGCAAUAGUAAGUGUUCGAGCGUGUUCCUAAAUUAAACGUCAGUACUAAAAUUAUGAGUCCAAAAACCAUGACAAAAAUGUCCGUAACCAAGAAUUCAAAGCCUUAAUAUUUCCAAUUUUUCUAAGAUCACAGUCGAAUUUUCUGGGAUUUCAAUUCACGAAGUUUCGGAUAUUAUUGCCAAACUUGAGCAGACUUGUGUGAUUUUUGCCACUCAUUUGUAUUACGAGCCAUACUUCAAACUUUUUGCGCACAAUGAAGCAUUUGUUGGAUAACGAGAAAUUUGUAUAAAAAAUACUAUAAAAGAUAAACCAAAUCGGUCUUUGAAAAAACUUAUAGUUCGAUGGUACUUAUGUAUUUAAUUUCGACUUAAAGACUUCCUUCUAGGAAAACAAUGCCAACUUUGUUUUAAACUACGAAAUCAAUAACAGCACCGUCAUCGCAAAACUUUUUGAGCUUGUCAUCUCUUCAUCAUUGGCGUGGCACAGCGGAACCGGAACUAAUUUACUCAAUUAUCCUGCCCGACUCGUAAAGUAGGUUAAUAGAGCUUAGCCAAAGAGAUUAGUUCUUCUCAAUAUGUGUGGUGUGGCUGUAUGAUUUAACUCAGUCAACAAUAACAAGGAAACGAUUUCAAACAAAUUUAUUUACCCAUUUGCCAAACGUGAAUUGAGCUGGUAAAAUUAAUCCAAUUAAACGGUUCUGCUGAGAACUGAUCACUCACCACAUGAUUUGUUUUUUUUUUUUAAAUUCCAUGUUGUUUGUCCUUGUUUUACUUGCAGUCGUCAUCAUCUUGGUCUGUCAGAUAAAGACCAUUUCGCAUUACUUUUUUUCUAGCGAGGCAGACAUCUGUCUGGGAAGGGAGCCAUAAAUGCCACGAAAUGAAGAUUUUCCGGGUUGAUUACAUUAAAAAAAAUACAAUCGAUAACGAUGACCAAUUACGAUUAUCGGUUGUUUACUAAUGAGCGCCAUAUUCAAGAAGUCCUUAGGCAAGGUUAACAAUCAAACCAGUUUACAGCACUGUGAGUUUCAUAGAAAACAAUCAACCUUCUUUUCGUUUCAAAUAAAGAUGUGACAAAAAAAAUCAACCUUCUUCGUGUAGCUGUUAAUUUCUUUUCAUUUUAUAUCAAAGUAAUAUAUAAUAUCGUCAGUUAAGAACUCAAAGUUUGUUCGUGUGUUAUACUGGUAAACCUUUUGUUUAUUCAAACGAAUGCAAUACAAAUUGAUCCUUGUUAUUCAAUUUUCUUUAAAAUUAUUUCAUAAUAUUGUUUAUUCAACUCGAGUCUCCUGUAUCGAUUCAUCAUUGUUUUCAUCAUAUUUAUAAGGAACAUUUUAAACCCUCUCUGCUGUUUAUGACUAAAUUUGAUUGAACAUCAUUCAAUUACUAGCGUUCAAAACAACGUUUAUACACAUGUGUAGAUAUCACAUUUUUUAACAGCGAUCCUUACGUAGAGCGCCACAUGCAAUUUUCCCAGUAAGUCUGUUUCCUUCAUGUCCACCCACGGACGUCUCACUUAAUCAACCCAAAGAAGCCCCCAUAAUCCAGUUGUGAGAUCCUAUCGAACGGAAUGCGCACACUCUUUGCGAUUUCCUUCAAACUGGCUGGAAAUCAAGUUCAAUAUCGCACUCGCCUCGCACCGGUCAUAAAGUAGGUGCUCUCAGUUUGUGAGCGGUCUCUCUUGAUGCUUGAGUUUUCCAAUCCAACUCUCGUCAGCGUUCGUUCGUUUUCGUGUUUGACACGCGGUUUGUAGGGUAGAUGAGCCUUCUAUGCAUCAACUUGCUUAAUUGGUGAUCAAAAUUUUAAUUAACUUUUUCCUAUUUUUAUAUCAAAUACAAACUUAAUAAAAAAUGUACUUAAUUCAAAUUAGAAAACAAUCAAAAUAUUGUCUUUUCUCUUGAAAGAGCAGUGAAAAAAUAAUUUUCGAUAACACAAGCCUCUGUCGUCGCAAGUUGAUUUUCGGAACAUUGGUGGAUUUUUUACGGACUGUUUAAGAAUUGGCUCGUAAAAUAAAUCAAAACACAUUUUUAUAAAUUGUUUAUGAGGUAUCUUACGCACAGUUAGGAUGGUUCUGAAAAUAAUUAAAACGUUCAAAAAUACAAUAAAAAUACAUAUAAAUAACAUGACAAAGCACACAUUCUUUUAAAUAAAAAAUAUUUGAAUGACAAAAAUAACAGAAAAAACUCAACCGGAAAUUAAAAAAAAAUAACAAAAAUGACAAUAAAUGAUGGAAAUGUCCAAAAUUUCAAAAUGAGAAAAAAAUACAAAACAUACAAUGAUGAAAAAAAGAAAAAAAAACACAAAACUAGAAAAUGAGAAAAAUUACAAAAAUCAAGUUAAAUGUAUUACAAAAGGAGAAAAAAAAUUGCCUGCUGUAAUAGCUAUUCCUUUAAGGAAAGAAUCAAGGAAAAUGAGGAAGAGUUAGAUUAUAAACGAGGAGAAUGAUUAGUGUAUACAUACAUGAACAUUGUAAAAUUUGAAAGCGAAAUGUGAAUAACAAUUUGAAAUUAUUUGGUUUAUUUGGUGCAAAAACUGAACUUAUUUAAUUAAUCGUAUGAUAAAUCCAUAGUUUUUCUCAAUUUUACGUCAUAAUUUUUCUUCGUAAACCUAUUUUUGUUCUAACCACUGAACUUUUUUUCAUAAAUAAUCCAUCUUAUGUUUAUUGCUAAAAAUGAAAACACAAUUGAAAAAGUUUAACAUUACUCAAUUUGAAUAGAAGUUCUAUAGAAGUUCCGAAUGGAUCCAAAAAGUUCGUUAGAAAGUACUUCAGUUGAAAUGAAAUUAGUUUUUAUACUACACACACAACAUGUUCCAUGAUACUUCCAUGGACUAUUAAAGUUCGUUUAGAAGUCCAAAUUAGGCUCUUUCCAAAAAACGAUUUUAUUUCUCUCGAAUAUCUGUUAUUCAGCCAAAUGUGAGCUUUCUACACUGAAGAUUGAUUAACUAUGUGAUUGUUGAUAACUAAUCCCAAAGUUUUUUUUAUAAAUCAUAACUGGUUCAGGUACCAUAAAAUUUGAUUGCUCUUUUCUGAGCUCUCGAUAAGCACAUGCGGUACUUCAUUGUUGACGUUUUCUUGCCGUUCGUCAUUCGAUAAUUUACUCAUCGCUCUCACUGAUUCUCAUUCUCUCUCGUUCAGGAAGAGAGGAGAACGUGAUGGGUGAUGAUCUCCCUCCUCGAGAAAACGCGCGGCUGGCGCCGCCGAUGACGUUAGGCUGCUAAGGCUACCUCAAAGUCGGAGCACAUGCUUCGUCGUCCGUCCACUGACUGACUUGACUGGCUGAGUUGAGAUCCCUCUCGGUCGUCGGCUGUCUCGAGCAAUUCCACGGCGAGGAAUACCCAACCCAAGUCAGUGUUCUGUCAGCGUUUCGAAGACGCAUCAACGUGUGUUGUUGUGGUUGAAUAGUGCCUGGCCGCGAGCGGGGAGUGCGUGUUGUGGAUCAGAUUUUUUUGCUUCUUUUCGACAUUUAUCGGUUGAUUUGGCAGUAUUUUGUGAGAACAAAUUCCUCCAUUCGGUUAACGAUCGAAUUCGUGCACGGAUGCUUUGUUUCUAAUUUUGACGAUUAUUUGCAUGAUUUGUUCCGGAUGUUGUGCUACGGUUGGACACUAAUCGAAAACGACGUUACAAAUCGGUGUGUAUCGAUAUAAAUCGAGUGGGAUUUUUUUGGGGAAUGUUCAACUUGAAAGAUCCUUAACAGGUUUGCUUAUCAGAAGUGUGCGACAUCAGUAGCAGAUAAAUCUGUAAAAUCAGUGCAUGCAAUAAAAAGUGUUAAAAUCAGUUCAGCGGCAAUAAAUAUUAUUUUCGGUGAAAAAACGCCGUAUUGGAAGCAAAUCUGGGUAGGAAAAUUAAGUUUUCCUGUGCCAACCUUUUGUGUGUUUUGUACCAAAUCAGUCUACGUAAAUAACCGUUGUUGCGUUUGUUCCAAUCUGGAAUGGAAGUAGUUGCUGGUGUCGAGAUCGCAUUCCCAUAUCUACUGAAGGUGAACGUAGCACUGCUGGGAACCUCCGAAUACGAGCGAGACUUCAACUAUUGCAGCGGCCGAUUCCGUGGAGUGGCAUUCCCGAACGUCGUGAGCCCGGAAGCGUAGAAGAGUCCAGCAACGCGAGGCAGACGUCCGAUGAGAAACGUCACAGCAGUCGUGGUUGAAGCGCCGUAGACGCCAAACCGGAUCGGCUAGUACCGCGGUAUCGUUCGUAGUACAGCUGACCACAAAACCAGCAUCGAACUGAGUCAAAAUCACCAGCGCCUAACUCCACCGUUUCGCACCAAUCUCCGAUCUCGUUAUCCCAAAGAGGAGCGUCGAUAGUUGAUCGAGUUUUCGGCCCUCAGCUAAGAGCUUCAUCCCUAGAAAAGCCCAAAGGUUUCUGGCUUCAAAAUUCAAGUCAUUUUCAAGACAUCCAGUCAAACGGACAGCAGAGUAGCCAUGAAUCAAAAAUUGAAACCUAUUGAAGGAGAUCAGGAUCAGGCACCGCCAUUGGUGGUCGAUCCUGCCGACGUUCUCUAUAGCAUUGAUCUUAGCGGUACCCAAGACGAAAGUCUAAUACAUCCUAGUAGCAACAGUAACAACAAUAACAGCAGCAGCAACAACAACAACCUUAGCAGUAAUAUUUUUAAGCCUGACGACCUCACUAUCGAUGUGCGAGGAGUUCCGGAAUACUACCGUACCGAUGAUGACAGCUAUAGACCAUUCACGAUCUACGGCAGCCACCAUGGUGAUGGAAACGAAAAACUGUCCGUUCUGCCAGCUUCAACUACCGGUUCAUUAAGCUCAAUCAUAACGACGUCCGUGGCAUCCUCCGAACCGGAUCGUGGUGAUCAUCGUGAUGGUGGCGUUGGCGGCGGUGGUGAUGACGACGAUAACAAUGAUGUAGUAGCGACGACGGGAGGCAAAUGCCUCGGAGGGGGAGGCGGCCAUGGGGGGCCCGGCGGGGAAAUCAAACAGGAAGCCUGGUGGGAAACCACGCUGCAGAUCUCGAUUCCGUUCUUCAUCGCCGGUAUCGGUACAAUCGGGGCCGGCAUCAUCCUCGGCCGAGUAGAGGGACGAAGUGCGCUGGACGUUGAGAUAGCGUUGAUAUCGUUCCUGACAUCGCACUGGAAAGUCUUUGCCCAUGUAACGGAACUGUUCAUCCUGGUGCCGGCUUUGCUGGGACUUAAAGGUAAUCUGGACAUGUGUCUUGCGUCCCGGCUCUCUACCCAAGCGAACCUCGGAAACCUCGGCAACUGGAGGGACGUCGCCCACAUGGUGGUGGGAAAUGUGGCCCUGGUGCAGGUCCAGGCGACUGUGGCAGCCUUCAUAGUGUCCAUCUUUGCUAUCAGCGUGGGAGCGGCCAUGAACGGGAGGUUUUUGUUUGACCACGCGAUGCUGCUGACUGCAUCGAGCAUGUUUACCGCGACGUCCUCGUGUUUUGUACUAGACUUUGUAUUAGUGGCUGUGAUUUUACUGUCUAAUAAGUUGAAAAUGAACCCCGAUAAUCUGGCAACACCGUUGGCGGCGUCGAUUGGCGAUGUGGUAUCCAUUAGUUUACUGUCCUUCAUAGCGUCCCUGCUAUUUGAACAUCUAGACACUCAUCUCUGGAUAACAUUCGUGGUGGUUACCUGUUAUUUUAUUCUGUUACCAUUUUGGGUAUUUUUAGUGAUUAGAAAUAAGUACACUCGGCCCGUAUUGACAACUGGAUGGGUUCCCGUAUUAUCCGCACUCUUCAUCAGUGGCUUGGGUGGCCUGGUGCUGGAUACCGCCGUCGGCAUCUUCAACGGAUUCGUCGUAUUCCAGCCGAUCAUCAACGGCAUCGGUGGCAACCUGGUAUCCGUUCAGGCGAGCAAAAUUUCCACGAUGCUACACCAGAGUUCGAUCAUCGGUAUCAUUCCGCCGCACACCAAAAUCUUUGAAAUGCCUUGGAAGGCUCUGUUCAAAGGAGUUCCUUAUGCCAAAACUGCUCGAAUUUUGAUCCUCAUGUCAAUUCCUGGACAGGUGCUAUUCAUCUUCGUUGCUGACUACAUUCAUAUGUCCGAAUCAACUAUUGGUGCUCCAUUUGUGUUAUCCUAUAUGUUAGUUAGUUUGGUACAGGUUAUGCUUCUCCUGUACAUUGCCCACGUUAUCAUUCACGCCAUGUGGAAAUGGAAGAUCGACCCGGAUAACUCGGCUAUUCCCUAUCUGACGGCUCUGGGUGACUUGCUCGGGUCCAGUUUUCUGGCCCUGGCAUUCCUGUUCCUUCAGUCCAUUGGCCAUCCGUACGGUGGAGACCAGGAGGAAAUCGGUGCCACUGUCUUGCCAACCGAUUCGCUCAAACUGAUGGAUGGCGAUAUGAGCAAUAAUUUCGCUCCACAAUUGGCCUAAGCUAUUCUCUUCCUUUGGCUUAACUUUACUGUAUCAACACUCAAGCACGUCUAGCAAAACAUUUACCUUCGAAAAAAUGUCUGAGUAUUUCAUCAAUACUAAAGCCAAAAUCUAUUGCUUGCCUUAUGAUUUCUGUAGGGAUUAUUUUUCCAUUUAUUUUGCAAUAUAUGUACAUCGAACUGUUGGAGAAACAGAGCAAGUAGAACUCAUAAUAGUUUACCGUAUAAGAAAAUCCCUCUAGUCCGCGAAAGUUGUUAGCAUGAUUUAGUUGUUUUUGUCAGAGUUAGAUGAACUCAAACAACACUCAAGUAGCUUGAACGAUGGGCAGUAUUAUGAAACUAAAGACAUUUGAACAGAACAAAAUAUCAAUACAAAAACUUAUUGGAACUACCCUUGGCUGAAUCAACGAGAGGCUUUUCUUUAGACUUAAUGUGAAAGUAUAAAUAAUCCGUAUCGAAGAAUGAUGACGAAUUCCAUACCGAAUCUAUGAGAAAUAUCUACUUGACUGUAACCAGCAUUGUGUAACGAUUAAUCGAAGGUCUAGAAAAUUGGUUCGAGUAUCGGGUAUCGAGUAUUCGGUGUGGGAUGCGUCGUCUCAAAAAUUGAUCUACUCGAAAAAGAAGACCGAUUUGUAGUGCCUCAGAAAGCUUGCGAUCUCCUAGCAACAGCACAUAAAAGCUAAAACUUCCACACCUCCUAAGCAUAUACCACACCAAUACACACAGAACGCCUUUUUGCCUAUACACACACACGAACACAUUUGUUUCCGUUUAACCGAACUACAGUAGAACAAAAAAUAUGGCAACCUACAAGCAUAUUUUCAAUCGUCAAACACAAUCUCAUGUAGAAAAUUAUUGAAAGACAAUAAUCGAAAAACAGAUAUUGAUUCAGCAAAAAUCAUCAUGGUAAUUUUAAAACCCCUUUCAACCUAGAUUAACCUUUUGAACAGAUUGAGAAAUACCUAAAACCGAGAUCUAAGGCAGAUUAUCAAAAAACAACUGCUCCGGUUUUCAGUAGUAAAGCUAGACGGAAAUGAAUCCCUAAAUAACAGAGAAAAAAUGAAUGUGAUACUUACCAAUGAGAGAAACGUCAAGCAAACUGACUAAACUAUAGAAGAAAAAGAAAUAGCUAAAUUAAAUGUGUAGGAAGUACUUCCUGGAAUGACGACCUUACACGAUGGAGGAAUAUCAGGAUUGAGAUAGUAGCGGUAACUAGAAUACCUACACAUACAUAUAUUUUGAUGGCAGAACGAGCUAAGAACCGAGUGCUAUUUUUAGUGUGGGAAUGAAAAUUAAAGUUGCGUAAUAGAGAGAUGAAAAAUAAACUCCAGCCAAACUGGGAGCACUGGAAAAAAAGUUUGUGAAAAUUUGGUAUGGAACGGAGAGGCAAAGUAAGAAAGAUGAAUCCAGCGUGAGUUCGAUAUUUAAUCUCAAUGAUCUUUUAAACGGCAUUAGAAAACAAAAACCCAAAAAUAGUUCAGAAAAAAAAUCAAAUUAUCAGAGAGAAAAAAAAAGUAAAACAACUGGAGACUCAAUAUUCAGAUUUAAUGAUUAAAUGUGUUUGAAGAGAAUGUCAUCGAUAUCCUCACGUUAACCACAUCUCGUCAGACAGUGUAACGAAUCCCAAACAGAAGAAAAAACACUAUUUAGCGCGAUCCUCAAGUUCUUCAGGAAUACAUAGGAUACACAUUGUAGAAUAAACUAACUGAAUGAAACAACAACAUAAACAUAAACCAGAGAGUGGCAGACCCAACAUACAUAUGUAGUGCUGCAGUAAACAACAACAAAAACAAAACAAUGUUACGAAAUGAAACAAUGAAAAUAAAAUCUGUUGCAUUUGACAAAACAA